AUGAGUGAGGAUGAAUCAAAUUCCGUUUCUUGUUCAUUAAGUUUAGAAAGUGAUGGUUAUAGUGAUGAAGAAUAUGAUACGAAUUUGACUAAUUUAAUAGAGAAUGAAUCUUUAAAUUGGAUAUUUGUAGGAGGCAAAGGAGGUGUAGGAAAAACGACUACAUCUUGUUCAAUAGCUGUUCAGUUAUCAAAAAGAAGAGAAUCUGUAUUAUUAUUAUCAACAGAUCCAGCACAUAAUACAAGUGAUGCUUUUAAUCAGAAAUUUACUAAUCAGCCAACAUUAAUAAAUUCGUUUGAUAAUUUAUAUUGUAUGGAAAUAGAUACAAAUUAUUCAGAAAAUACAGCUUUUAAAUUAAAUAAAAAAGAAAUGUUUGAUAAUAUACUACCAGAAUUAUUACAUAGUUUUCCAGGUAUUGAUGAAGCAUUAUGUUUUGCUGAAUUAAUGCAAUCAAUAAAAAAUAUGAAAUAUUCAGUUAUAGUUUUUGAUACUGCUCCUACUGGACAUACUUUAAGACUUUUAGCAUUUCCAGAUUUAUUAAAAAAAGCUUUAGGAUAUUUAAUAAAUAUUAGAGAAAAAUUAAAAGGAACUUUAAAUGUUCUUAAAAAUUUUACAAAUAAUGAAAUGGAAUUUGAAUCAUUAUAUGAAAAAAUUAAUCAUUUAAAUGCUAUGUCUAGUAGUAUACAAGCUAAUUUUCAAAAUCCAUUAAAAACAACAUUUGUUUGUGUAUGUAUUCCAGAAUUUUUAAGUGUUUAUGAAACUGAAAGAUUAAUACAAGAAUUAACAAAAAAAAAUAUUUCAUGUUAUAAUAUUGUUGUUAAUCAAGUUGUUUUCCCUCUUGAUUCUCCAAAUAUUAAUUUAGAAAAUUGUCAAAAUCUAUUAUCACAAAUACAAAAUCAACAAGUUCAAGCAUAUUUUAAUGAUCUUAUUGUUAAAACAAAAGAAUUAGAAGAUGUAUAUAUCUCAAGAAGAAAAUUACAAUCCAAAUAUCUAACACAAAUUAAAAAUCUAUAUAGUAAUGAUUUUCAUAUUGUAUGUAUGCCACAACUAAAAAAUGAAAUCAGAGGAUUAAGUAAUAUAUCUUCCUUUUCAGAGAUGCUCCUACAAUCGAAAGAUAUACCUAUAUAUAAAGAUAACAUCUAA